CGGUGCAGUGCGGUGCGGUGCUUUCCGCUGCGGUGCGGUGCUUUCCGCUGCGGUGCGUUGUGCCGCGCCGCGCCCCGCAGACGCCGCUCCGCGCGCGCGUUGCUCGAGGGCGCCGGCGGGGGGCGGCUGCUGGCGACGGGCAGCAUGGUGCGAGCGCGGGGGGCGUCCGGCCCCGGGCGUCGCCUGCUGCUGCUGCUCGGCCUCCUGGCGGCCCUGCGUGCCCGGGACAGCCGGGCUGCUCCGCGGGCAGCGCCGGGCCCAGAUGUGGCUGUAGAGGAUGGCUAUCCUGUUUCUCGGCUGGGUGCUGGUUUUGAGCCUCAGGAGAUUCCCACGGAUGUAGCCAUGAGGAGGGCUUCUCUGGCUUCUCGGCUGGAUCUUUUUCUAGAGCCUUGGCAGCAUGCCACGGGUCCGCAAAGAGCACAGUAUGAGGCCAAAAUGGGAAAGUCCUCUCAGGAAUCUUCUGAAGUCCUACAGGAAAUCUUGAAGGACUUGGAGGGAGCAGCUGAGAAUCAUCAGGAGACCCUGGAGAAGGAGACCUUUCCGGCAGGAGGCAGUCACAGCCUGCCAGUCUCCGAUGAAGAAAGAGAGGCAGUUCAAGCAACAGGCAUGCCAGCGGUGCCUGGCGGCGAUGGCGAUGCCGGUGCUUGGCCGGAUGCGGGACCGAAGGCUUGGGAAGAUGCUGGAGGUCGUCCAAGAGCUUUUCAGCCGCAGGGGAGUCCCAGGGGCAAUGGUUAUCCAUCAUUCUGGCUGUUUCCUCUUCCUGAGCCUCGGGAGGAUCCCCGGGAUGUGGCCGACAUUGAUGGGCAUGCAGCUUCUCAGCUGGAUCCCCAUUUUGAACCUCGAGAUGGUCGUGCAUCUGUUUCCCUGCAGAGGGCUUAUCCAGCUUCUCAGCUGGAUGCUGUUGCUGAGCCUCCAGGUCUUCCCAGGGGUGGUCCAAGCGGUUUAGAGCCGCAGGGGAGUCCCAGGGGUGUUCCUGCAGGCGGUGGCCUUCUAGGUUCCCAGCUGGAUCCCACUUCUGAGCCUCAGGGGCAUGCCAGGAAUGUGGCCAUAGGUGGUGGAGAUUUAUCUUCUCAUCUGGACUCUGAUUUUGAGUCUCUGGGGAAUCCCAGAGAUGUCCCUGAAGGCAGUGUUUCUCCAGCUUCUCAGGGGCUGAAGCCUCUGCUUGAGCCUCAGGGAGAUCGCAGGGGCCUUGCUGGUGACGAAGAUGCCCAGGCUGCAGCUCAUAAAGCGCAACAAAAGCAGCGUUUGGUCCUGAGCGCUGCAGUCUCGGGUUCCGUAGUGUUUGCCGUGGUGCUGACUUGCAUAGUUACUUUCCGGCUGAGGAAGAGAAAACAAGAAGCGAUGCCAGCUAACCCUGCCGCUGCCUCCAACAGAGAGGAGUCAAGCACAGAGGAAGGCAGAGCAAAACCAGGGAGUGACAGAGAAAAGGAUGGGCUCACCCUAGAAAAUGAAAAUUUCAACAACAGCUCCAGGCGCCUUCCGGUGAACUUUGCGACAGAGCUUGCCCAGUUAUUUGAUGCCAUGAAUUCGAAAAGUUCAUUUCAGCCUAGAUGCCAGAGCAACUCAGAUGGUGGUUAUGGCUGUUCCUCAAAUAUCUGCAUUUCCCGGGAUUUUCCCCAAGGCGAUCAUUCCAAGUGUGUGUGUUUUCGUUACCAAGAGGGAUAUUGUACUUCAGAUGCAUAUUCCGAAUAGAAUAAUAAAAAUGGUGGGCUAAAA